GCGGGAGUCACGCGCUCGCAGCACACGUGACCGGGCGGCACGGCGGCAUGGCGCGGGGGUGUUGCGGGAUCCCCGCCGUGCUGGCGCUGUGUGCGGCCGCCUGGAGCUGCGCCUCGGGGCUGGCGCUGGAGCGGGAUCAGCCGUUCCGCGUGCCCCCCGGCUGGGCCCACGCCGGCCGUGUGGGUGCCGGGCACCCGGUGCAGCUGACCUUCGCGCUGCGGCAGCGCGGCACUGCCCAGCUCCCCCGCCUGGUCCAGGCCGUCUCGGACCCUCGGUCCCCGCGAUACGGGCAGUACCUGUCCCUGGAGCAGGUCAGGGACUUGGUCCAGCCUUCCCCAGCCACACUGAUGACAGUUCUGAAGUGGCUGCAAGGCCAUGGUGUAGAGGACUGCCGGAGUGUCACCACCCUUGACUUUCUGGAGUGUUACGGUGCCGGUGCCGGUGCCGUGCCGGUGCCGGUCCGGUCCGGUCCGGGCCCACCCCGAGUCCCCGCCGGUGCCGGUGCCGCGGCUCCGCCCACCACCUGA